AUAUUCGUCUUCUCCGAGAAAAGAAAAAUCCCCAAUUAAAACCCUAUCAGUUCAAAUCACUUCACUCUCUCUCUCUUUACCCUUCGAUUCUUGGUCCUUGAAGGUCAUAAAUUUCUGCUGUAAAUGGCGUUGACGAACUUUAUAUUAACAGUAGCAGGCGUUAGUGCGGUGGUUCUUUUACUGCGAAGCGACGUUAAACAAUCGGCUGCGAUCUUUAGGCGCAAUGUUAAGCAUAUAAGGAAUUGGCUUGAAGAAGAAUCCUCUGCUGCUUCCAAGGCAGCGGAGAAGGCAAAGCCUAAGGAAUUGGAGUCCAAGUCUCUUCCUAAGGAGAAGGACUAGUGUCUUAUAGGGGAGUUUGGGUUUAUAUAUAAUAGUUUGCGGUUAUCAAAUUUUGAAUAUAUAGGUUGUUAUUUAGAAUAAGUCUUGAUUAAUGUCUGGGUAUUUCUAUACUUCAGAACUGCUAACUUUUGUUAUCUUAACUUUUUUGGUUUGUUAAUUCACUGAGACUUAAGUUUUGGUGAGAUGCAUUUAUGGUAUUUGAGAUGGAACUCGUCAUUAGAACUACGAAUCCAAGAAAAUAUGAAUCCGAUGCUCCACCAACAAAGUACACUGCUGGUGACAAUACAGUGGUUAAUACUUUUGAGAAAUGUCAAUUCUGUUUGGACCAGCAUAUAUCUCUGUACAAAGAAUAAAAAAAUAAAAAAAAAUGAGGGAAAAGGAAGAAUCUUCAGUUUGCAGAUCUUUAAAAUUAUGCUGUUGUUCCUUACAUUAUCCAAAUGACUGUCAAAAUUUUCCCACUAAAAUUUGGGAGGAUAUUGUUUUACUUUCUGAUCAUAACAUUACCGCUCAAAGAAGACAUUGUCAUCAUAAUACAAAGAUAUCUCAAGGCAAUUACCUACGAGAUCUAGAGACCUAAUGGUAUUUGACUGCAUUGAGAUAAAGUGGUGACAGAAGAGAGAAAGCACAAUAUAGGACUCGAUGGAUCGGGAGGGUUAUCCUGUUGCAUCUUAUGGCUAACUGUUCCACCUUCUGAUUAAGGAAGGACAUUGGCAAGUAGUCGAAAAACAGAAACCACAGGGGAAACUUGGUUGAUCCUCUCAUAGUCAUA